UGGGAAGCAGUUGACAGCAGUUAGGAGCGGGCCGAAUUGGGUAAACAAAACAAACAUAUGAUAAAAGGAGCCAAAACAACCUACAAGUUUAUUCUACUUUCACAACCGUAUGAUUUGUAAUUAUUCUAAAUCAAUUUGAAGCCAGUUAAGGUAAAAAUCGAAAGCCAGAAGUAGGAGUGCACCUCUUAAAGCUAAUAGUUUAACCUAGCGUUAGCUAACGUGUGCUAGCACGUUACUAAGCUAGCUGGCUCGUUGAACCCGCUCAGGUUAGCUGUGUCGUCCAGCCAUGUCGUCCCCGUCCUCCUCCCGGCGCCAGUGGUGCUACCUGUGCGACUUGCCAAAGACGCCGUGGACCGUGGUGUGGGACUUCAGCGAGGUGGUCUGCCGCGGCUGCGUAAACUACGAGGGAGCUAAUCAGAUUGAGUUCCUGAUAGCGAGUGCCCGACAACUCAAACGAACCCACGGGAUUCAGGACGGUAACGUCAGGUCGCCUGGCCCCUCGCCCAAUAAACACUCCACAUCUGGGAGAGGAGACGGCUCUACGGACGGGACCAGGCCGCAAAUGGACCGCUUCGAAAGGGGGGGAAGAGGAGAAAGCACCGUGUCGGCUAUUCGUGUUCCCCCCAACGGGAUGCACCGUGACGGGCAGCAGCCUCAGGAGUUGAACCGCCAGAGCCCCGGCGGCAGCCGGAGACCCAUGCUAGGCGCCGCCAUCCCCCCCAGUCUAGUCACUCAAAGUAUGGCUGGGAUUCCACACGGGCUACUGCCUGCGGGCCUGACCGCCAGGAGCAGCCCCAUGAUCUUCCCUGCCCCGGUGCUGGCCGAGAUGAGCCGCAGACAGCUGGGGAUCGGGAUGGGGAUUGCCCCUUUCAUCACCCCGGAGCUGGAACGAGAGCUCAGUUCGUCCCAGAACCAGGCCAAGAUACAACCCCAGGUCCACACCGCCGGGGCCGGCAGCAGCGCCAGCAAGAACGCAGGCAUGCCUUCCUCGUCCUCGACGGCGGCCGGAGGCGUGAGCCAGACCAGUCCCAAGCCUGCCUCGUCUCCGGCCAGGCUGCCACGGCCCCCACCCUCGAGGUCCGGAGGGGAGCCCCUGGGAUCCGGCACCUCGGCGGAAGCGGCCACCACAGCCGCGGCGUUACCCCACAGUGGGGCCUCUGAGCUGGGAUCGGCGUCUGCCAGCAGCACCCAUUCGACUGGCAACACUCUGUCCUGCACCUUGUGCCACGAGAGGCUGGAAGACACGCACUUUGUUCAGUGUCCAUCGGUGCCAGGGCAUAGGUUCUGCUUCCCGUGCACCAGAGUGUACAUCCAGAGCCGGCGAGGCGACGGGGAGGUCUACUGCCCCAGCGAAGAGCGCUGUCCAUUGGACAUCUCGCCCAACAGUCCCCCUUGGGCCUUCAUGCAGGGAGAAGUCUCAACCAUCCUUGGAACCGCUGGAGCCGUCUCAGCUGCCGCACCCGGAGCAGGGAACGGGCCCGGAACCGCAGCCGGCAGCGGAGCCGGCAGUGGAGACAUCACCGUCAAAAAAGAGAGAGAGACGUGAUGAUGUUCUACGGAAACCAAACCAGGACCUUAGACCAAACAGAGUCGUAUCACAUACGCGAAGGAGUCGUCUGCAAUGAAGGCCCACAUGAGAAGCAACGCAGCAAUCCACGUGCAGAAAACCUCCAUUGCGAAGGUCUUGACUCCAGCUGCUCACACCGCCAACAUUCAUCAGACUUAAAAUUGCCUUUAACAAUGUACUGUGUGAGCCAGAUAAUCAGGGCCAACCAGCAGCUGAACUGUGGCUACUUUUUGUUGAGUCGGUAGUAUCCUGAAAGAUUGCCGCCCACUUUAGCCCCCCCAGAUAGCUACUGUCAGCAGCUGGAAAAUAAACAGGCUCAAGCAACACGUAGAUUGUUUCACUUUUCUACAAACAACAACGUACGGCACCAUCGCCCAAUAAAUAUGUUCACACCCCAACCCAAAUUUGCACGGUAAGAAACGACCAGUGCCAUCAGGACAACUGAAAUGUCUUUUUUUUUUUUCUCUAAAUGGCUGCCAGUGUAUUGAUAUAGCGUUGCCACUGGUUUUAUUUGCUAACGGUAGCUACUAUAGCUGCUUUGUUUAGUUGUAGUUUAUCCUUCCAAAUCGCCCUUCUGGAGCUCACAGAAAGCAGCCACGGUGCAGUGUUUGUUGUAGCAGUGCAUGUAAUAUAGUGAGAGCACAGAAGCUUGUUUCGACAAAAUCCAACGCAGAUGACCACAAACCGCGUUAUAGUUCUGUAUCUUUGUCGUUAAUAAACAAGCUGUUGCCUGCAGCAGGAGGUCCGACUCAUCCGACAAAACUCAGGCUGCUCUAGUUGGAACUCGCCGUGCCACUGAAAUAUUUUACCUUGCCAUUCUUAAAGGUCUACCUUAAAUUUAAAUACAAUAUAUAUUUCUAUAUAUUUUAUAUUUGGUUGGACUAAAUCUGUCUUUCGGCGCACAAUCUGACAUUAUUUUUUCUUUUUAAAUGAAACGGAAGAAAAUAAAUCCUUAAAGACUAUACAUGUCAACCAACAUGAGAUAAGGGCAGAAUGCCAAGUAACAACAUUUCUAUGUCCCUGCAUUUGUUUUUUUGAAUCAGCUUUAAAUAAAGCUGUCUUUGACUCCGCGUUUAGAAACAACCUUCUAAACAUAGACCAGAUGUGUUCUCUGUAUUUAAAUGUUGCUUUCAUACGAGAUCCAGCCCAGCCUACGCUUUACCCCGAAUGUAUAUGAAAAGAUAUCUAUUGAUAGGCCUAGGAAUAUAUUUUAUACUAGAAUGUUAACUGUUCUAUACUGUAUAGAUAUAUGAUCGUAUGUACAAUCUUUAGUCAUAUUAUAUGCAACGGUUUGGAAUAUGUGAUUAAAUAUAAUUGUGUAUCAUUUCCAGAAAGCUCUACGUUUUUUUUGACUGAGAAACCAACAGUAGAUGUAAUACCAAUUGCUAUUAUAAUAAUACUAAUUAUUAUUAUUAUUAUUAUCAUCAUCAUAAUAAUUAUUAUUUUGUUGAUGUAUUACUUCCAACCAAAAGAGAGAUGUGACGAGAGAAAGAGUGGAAACUUUUAACAGUUUUAUAUCAACGAUGACAGAUGGGGACAUUAAUUGGUAUUGAUUUGAGCAAACAAGCGCACGGUCUGUACACUUUGUUAUCCAGUCACAUCCAUUCAUGUAUGUGGAACUGAUGUGGAUGAACAGACACUUCUGAUCGAAGAGUUUGCAGGGACUUUUUUUGGUCAGUUCUCCCUUUAUGUGCAUCGUUAGGGGCUGGGCGAUGAUUCUACCUGAUCAUUUAUCGCAAUUAAAUGGAAUCGUAUUGUGACACACAUCAUCUCAUCCUAGUUGACAAGCACAAACUAAUUAUUAAUAAACUAAAAUACUCUA